UCUCUCUCUCUCUCUCUGCAGAGGUUUUCUCGGUGGCCAAACAGAAUCCAAUGAUUCGCCACAGGAGAACAGUCUUCGCAAUCCUCUUUUACAUCGUUUUCCUUUCACCCGCCAUAGGUAAAACCUUCAAAACAUCUCGAAUUAGAUCCGGAUUUUCCAUUCAAACCUCCCGAUUUCAACAUUGCCCCUUCCUAACGCCUCUCACUCCAUAAGAGAUCGAUCACUUUCUCUCAUCUCUCUCAUGACUCUCCUGACAAGCUUGGACAGCUCUCCGCCUCUGCUUUCGCUGUCCCCCCUCUCGGAUUCCCUCCGUACGAGUGGUGGUUGGAAUCCCUCGAUGACAUUGCUCACAACGGCCCCGACGCCUCCAUGAUAUUCUUGGAGAGGAUCCGUUUGUGGUGUCGGAAUAUGGGGUUGAGUUCGUCAGAGGGUUUCAGGAAGGGAAGCAAGACGAAGGUACCGAGAAGAAGAUACGACGACGACUGAUGGUCAUGACGAUGAUGAAAUACUCAUGUUGUCUGCUAGUUGCAAGCAUUUCACUGCAUAUGUCCUGGAGAAAUGGGGGAAUUUUGCUGGAUACAACUUCGAUGGUGUGUGGAUAUCAAUUGCGGAACUUACGUGCUUCGGGACACGCAUUCUGCUCUUGAGCCAGGGAAUGUGAGGGGAGAACAUGUUAAUGAGGCUCUUCUGCAUCUUUUCUCUGUCCAACUUCGGCUUGGGCUUUUUGAUGGCGAUCCAAGAAAAGGGCAAUUCACAAAACUCGGAUCGAAUGACAUCUGUGACCCAGUUCACAAGAAGCUGGCACCGAAAGCAGCUGAAGAGGGCAUUCUGCUUCUGAAGAAUGAAAUGAACCUGUUGCCUUUCUAUAAAAAUGAUGUUUCCUCUUUAGGAAUCAUUGGUCCAAUGGAAAAUAAGACAGAGAAUAUUGGCCAGCGGCUUUACCGGAAAGUCAUGUGACCUGAAGACCAUGUUCCAGGGGCUCCUAGUUUUUGCAAGGAAAACGUCUUGUGCAGCUGGUUGCCAUUGAAUUUAGAGAGAAUUAAAACAAUGGAAGAGAGAAUUUGGAAAAAGAUUCUCUUGGAUUAAUAUGAAAUGAAGUAUACAAUGGUAUUUAUAACGCUAAACCGCAUACUGUAAUAGUUGCCCCGCUGUGUCUUGUGAUUCUGCUACUGGAUUUGCUGAAGCUGUGGCCAUUGCAGACUUCGUUAUUGGAUCUUGAUCGAGGUAGUCUUGCUUUGCCUGGUAAACAGAAGCUGUUAGCAGAAAGCCAGUGAUCCUAGUAAUAACCGGUGGGGACCCAAUUGAUGUUUCAUUUGCCAAAACCGGCCCAAGAAUCACGAGCAUUCUCUGGAUUGAUUAUCCUGGUGAAACCGGUGGACAAGCACUUGCUGAAAUGAUAAUUCAGUGAUCACAAUCGAGGUUAGUCCAAUAAUGCAACCAUCAUUACAGCCAUUGUACCAUCAUCAUCAUGAGAAGUCCUAUGCUCUUGCGAUCGGUUGAAAUUAGAUACAACACCAUUCUUUCUUUCCUCUGUAGAUUAAACAUCAUCCGAGGGCACAUGUGUGCUAUGCAGGCUUUAUAGAAACAUGUGGAAGAUUUGCAGUAACGUUGGUGUCCUGAAUCACAUUCAUCUGAGGUGCCAAUGACCAAUAUGCACAUCUGAGCUGACCCUUCUCGAGGAUAUCCCGGAAGAACAUAACGGUUCUAUAGCUGGACCUCACAUGUCUGCUCGUUUGUACAUGGUUUGAGCUACACCAAACAAGAUCAAUAAUCAGCACUAAGCAUGCUGAGCUUAUCAGGAUUGUUAGAGCAGCCUUCUCGGCAGAAAUCUUCUCCAACACAUAAGAAACUACAACUCAGACGAGUCACUGAGUUUUCAGGACAGCGUUGCUGUGACAAACACCGGAGAAAUGGACGGUAGCGACGUUCUUGAGAAUGUCUCUGAUUUUCCCGGUUGUUCGGCGGAAACAGCAGAUUGGGUUCGAUCGUGUUCAUUGUCCGAGUGACUGAAACAGUGUUUCUGAUCGAACCCUGCAAGCAUCUCAGCCAUUUGCGAACUCUGUCGGGAAAAGGGUGAUGCAGAAGAACUUGCUGUUUCUCUUGACGUGAGCCUUUAAGGAAUCUAGACUCUCUUAUUCGAGUUCUUGUCAGAAGAAAAGGAGAGAUUUUCCUGUGUUGAUUUGUACUGUGAAGAAUUGUUCGUUUUGUUUGUUGGAAUGUUCCUGCUAAUGUCAAACAUUAUUUGCCACGAAAUUUAUCAUGUUUGAAUA